CGCGGAGCGAGCGCCGGCUAGGAGAACGAGGGCACUGUUGAGCCGAGUGGCCGGACGGCGGGGAUGGGCUCGUGUUAGCGGUUUGCUCCGGCUCCGGUUUGCUCUCGCCAUGUAAGCGCAGGCUACGGGAGCUCUCCUCUUUUCCCUCCUCUGCUGGAUCCUUUCUAGGGUAGCCCGGCGGGGAUCAUGCGGAGAGCCCCGGCGCCCGGGCUGCUGCUCCCGCCGCCGUCACCUCUGUUGCUGCUGCUGGGCUUUUUGGUACUGGACAGGGGCUGCACGGCGCAAUACUCGAGCGACUUGUGCAGUUGGAGAGGAAGUGGAUUAACUCAUGAGUCCCACAGAAAAGAUGUUGAACAAGUCUACCUCCGUUGUUCUGAAGGAACCAUAGAAUGGAUGUAUCCCACCGGAGCAUUGAUCGUCAAUCUGCGACCCAAUAUUAUCUCUUCCUCUUCCAAACAUUGGACUGUUUGCAUAAAACCUUAUAAGAACUCUGCAGGAGCAAAUAUUUAUUUGGAAAAAACUGGAGAACUAAAACUACUGGUCCAAGAGGGAGAUCACAGACCUACCAGAGUGUAUUGCUUCAACUUUGACCAAGGUGGGCUUUUUGUUGAGGCUACCCCUCAGCAGGACAUUAGUAGGAAGAUUACAGGCUUCCAGUAUGAACUGAUAAGCAAGGGGAUGGCAUCUGAUUUGCACAUGAUUUCCGCUCCCUGCCGACCUUGCAGUGACACGGAAGUUCUCUUGGCUGUCUGCUCCAGUGACUUUGUUGUCAGAGGUACCAUCCAAAGUGUAAUCAAUGAGGAGGAUCAGCAAGAUUCCAUUAUCAGUAUAAACAUCAAUAGAAUCUACAGGCAGAAAACAAGGAUCUUCAAUUCUGCUGAGGAGAGUGGUCGGUGGCAAGGACAGAUCAAGACUCUGCUUCAAUGUGGGGUAAAACCAGGAGAGGGAGACUUCCUCUUCACAGGCAGUAUGCACUUUGGGGAGGUCAGGUUAGGCUGUGCCCCACGUUUCAAAGACUUCCAAAGGAUGUACAAAGAAGCCAAGGACAAAGGACUAAAUCCAUGCGAAAUUGGCCCAGACUGAAACGAUGUUCUUCAGCUGUAGGUUACUCUUAGAGCUCAGCCAGAACUAAUUCUUAGUUGCUGCAGAUCUGCUGAUUUAAAUGGAACUAAUAAAAGAGAGGAACCAUCUGAUGUCAGAAACAAAAUAUUCUCCUUUAAAGAGGUCUGUAAGAGGAGACUGGAUGAGCAUUGAGUAUGGAGGAUCCUUGAAGUCUAGAGACUCCUUAUUGCUGCUUGGAGGCUGGACUUCUUACAAAUCCCGAGAUACUUUCUAACCCUAUGACCUUACAACUAUAAGAACCACACAAGCUGGUCCUCGUGGCCAACGGCUUACUUAUGGAAUUGACUGAAGUACAAAGCUAGAACGCAAUCCUGUAUUUAGUCCAUUUGAACUAAAUUAUUUUUAUAAGUUCCCCGGGGUGGGGAGGAACAAAAUGCAUCACAAUCCAUGUCUUAAAAAUAUCAAUCAACCAAUGAACCUUUGAAUCUUUGUAAUGCUAAUGUGUAAAAUGUGUUAAGCAGAUGUAGCAUUUUGCAUGGUAUACACAGACGACAAUGUGGUAGAAGCCGGUGAACCCAUUUUAACAUUGAUGCUUUGUUGUAAAAGAAAAAAAAAAAGGAAAGGAAAAAAAAGGCUUGUUGUACAAUUUUUUUUAAAAAAAAUGGUUUCUCGUGACAGGAAUUUAUGGAAUUAAACACUUGCUUUUCUUUUUUAAAGAGAGAGAAUGUACAAUUACCACCUGCAGUUUAUGUUCAGAGUGGAUGAGUUGUUUCCAUUCCAGAGAAAUAAAAUGUUCCUGGAUUUGA